AUGGGUUCUAUCGACUCAAUGCCGAACGACGUAGGCCGUGAUGGCCAUGAAGAAUUAACGGUCCUGGUCACCGGUUUUGGGCCCUUCAAGGAUGGAUAUCCAGUCAACCCGUCUUGGGAAAUCGCCUCGUCGCUUCCCCAGUACCUGCCAUGGGAUAGGGUGAAGGAUCCCUCUCACCGGACCUCUACCAAGAUGCCCAGGGUACGGCUGCUUGUCCAUCCGCAGCCCGUGAGGGUGAAUUAUGAAACGGUACGAGAGCUUGUGCCGACACUUUGGGACUAUCCGCAGCAGAAGGUCGAUCUGGCGCUACACAUCGGCAUGGCUGGGCCAGCCGCUCGAUAUUCUAUUGAGCACAGGGCACAUCGGGAUGGGUACAAGCAUAAAGACGUCGACGGAAAUCUCCUGGAGGACGACAAGAGGAGAGAGCGGGAAGGCGAUAAGUGGAUCUGGCAUGGUGCACCAGAGGAGCUCUUGACAGAUCUUGAUAUCGAUGAUAUUUACGGGAAGUGGGUUGAUAGAAGUCCGGAUGGCCCAGAACUCCGGAUAUCUGAAGACCCCGGCCGUUAUCUAUGUGAUUUCAUUUACUUCUCAAGUCUUGCACACCUGUAUAAACAGAACCGACCCCGGAAAGUGCUCUUUUUGCACGUUCCGGCUCAAGGCACGUCGGAGUUCGUGAAGCAAGGUACUGAACUUGCGACACAGUUACUCAGAUCAAUGGUUGAGAGCGAGGUUGAGAAUAGGGAAGAAAAGCUUCAAACAUCUGAGAAAGCUACCUGGUAUGGCUGUGGUGCUCAUAUCCCUAGCGUCUUGGACAACGUCUCGCAGGAUGAGUGGUGCACAUGUGAGCCCAAGGUUGAGAUGAAUGGAAAAAAGUACCCACCAAAAGCGAAAUAG